AUGCAGGCUUGGGCUGGGGUUAAGUUUCUUCUAGCAUCUUUAAGAGGGUGUUGGGUUGAAGUAGAAGUUGUAGCAGUAGAGAAGAAUGAGGCUUCUAUAGAGCAGGCUGAUAAUGUAUUUAUAGGUUUAUUUAAACUACAUAUGUAUAAUAAAAAGCAUUACAUUAAUUAA